AUGGAUAAGCUUGUAGCCAUGUUGGACACCCAUAUGCGUGGUACAGAUAAGUGGAAGAGCGUGGUUGGACCCAAAACAGAGGAAAACCUAAUGUCAAAUAUCAUGAGAUCUGCUCCGAUUACUGUGAUGCCCUAUUUGGGUGGGACGUUCAAGGUUUUUACUGGAGAUGUUUAUUUGGUUGUGGAUAUGCAGCAACAUAAGUGUACAUGUCUAACAUGGCAAAUGUCCGGGUUGCCAUGUCCACAUGUAUGUGCUGUGAUCCGCACAUUGAGACACGAUGUGUAUGACUAUAUCGACCCAUGUUUUAAAGUCUCCACCCAACAUUUGAUUUACUCGGGUCAGUUUCAACCAUUACCAACACACAACAUGCUUAAAGUUUGUGAGGCUGGGACUUUGCAAGAUGGCCAAGGCAAUGUAUUUCCUAGUCUCCAACCCCCGCAAGUGAGACGUCCUCCAGGAAGACCCUGA